CCCGCCGGCUCGGCGCUGACUCCGCCGCACGCUGCAGCCGCGGCUGGAAGAUGGCGGGGAACGACUGCGGCGCGCUGCUGGAUGAAGAGCUCUCCUCCUUCUUCCUCAACUAUCUUGCCGACACGCAGGGCGGGGGAUCCGGGGAGGAGCAACUCUGCGCUGACUUUCCGGAGCUCGACCUCUCCCAGCUGGACGCCAGCGACUUCGACUCAGCAACCUGCUUGGAGGAGCUGCAGUGGUGCUCGGAAAACUCCGAGACCGAGCCCAGUCAGUACAGCCCAGACGACGCGGAGCUCUUCCAGAUAAUCAACAAUGAGAAUGAGGCCCUCCUGGCAGCGCUCACCAAGACCCUGGAUGACAUCCCUGAAGAUGUGCGUCUGGCCGCCUUCCCAGCCCUGGAUGAUGGAGAUGCAGCCUCCUGUGCUUCUGCUUCGCCUGUGCCCUCAUCUGCGCCCUCCAGCCCCUCCCUGGAAAGGCCCCCCGCCUCAGCCCCUGAAGUGGAUGAGCUCUCACUGCUGCAGAAACUCCUUCUCGCCACGUCCUACCCAACCUCGACCUCUGACAGCCAGAAGGAAGGGACCUCCUGGCGCCAGACAGGCCUCAGGUCCAGAAGUCAGCGGCCUUGUGUCAAGGUGGACAGCACCCAGGACAGGAAGGCCCCCGCGCCGCAGUCUCAGAGCCGGAGUUGCACAGAGCUGCAUAAGCACCUCACCUCGGUGCCGUCCUGCCCCCGGGCUAAAGCCCGCUGCCCCGAGAGGGGCCUGAAGCCGCCGCCACCCCUGAGUCCCCGGUUCCCUGCCAAGGAGGAUGAGGAGGCGUGCGAGGACUGCCCCAGCCCCCAGCCAGCUCCAGCCUCCCCCCGAGACCCCCCAGCGCCAGGCAGGGCGGAGCCCAGCACCCAGGCUUCCCAGGAGGACGUGCAGGCCCUGGUGCAGCUCAUCCGCUACAUGCACACCUACUGCCUCCCCCAGAGGAAGCUGCCCGCACAGGCCCCAGAGCCGGCCCCCCAGCCCUGCAGGAGCCCCGCCAAGCAGGUCACACGCCGGUCUCGACCCCAGCACCCUUCCAGAGCCACCUGGGCUGAGUUCUCCAUCCUGAGGGAACUUCUGGCUCAAGAUGUCCUCUGUGAUGUCAGCAAACCCUACCGCCUGGCCACGCCUGUCUACGCCUCCCUCACGCCCCGGGCCCGGCCUAGGCCCAAAGACAGCCAGGCCUCCGUGGGCCACCCAUCCCCCAUGGAGGAGGUGAGGGUCGCAGCUUCACCCAAGAACUCGGGGCCUAGACCCAGCCUGCGCCCGCUGCGGCUAGAGGUGAAAGGGCACGUCAGCCGGUUGGCCAGGCUGCAGCCAGAGGAGGAAGAUGAGGAAGAAGAGGAGGAGGAGGAAGAAGAAAAAGAGGAAGAGGAGGAGGAGGAGGAGUGGGGCCGGAAAAGGCCAGGCCGGGGCCUGCCGUGGACCAAGCUGGGGAGGAAGCAGGAGAGCUCCGUGUGCCCCGUGCGGCGUUCCAGGAGACUGAACCCCGAGCUGGGCCCCUGGCUGACAUUCACCGAUGAGCCGAUGGUCCCUGUGGAGCCCCAAGGGGCUCUGCCCUCGCUGCGCCUGGCCCCCGAGGCCUACGGCAUGCAGGGGGAGCCGGGCAGCCCCACGGAGGAGGACAGUGGCCAAGACCAGCAGCUCCUACAGGGACCCCAGAUCCCAGCUCUGGAGAGCCCCUGUGAGAGUGGGUGUGGGGACACGGACGAGGACCCCAGUUGCCCACAGCUCUCUGCCGGAGAUUCUCCCAGGUGCCUCAUGCUGGCCAUGUUACAAAGCCCCACUGACGACCCUCCUUUUGGCAAGAAGAGCUUCGAGCAGACCUUGACGGUGGAGCUCUGUGGCACAGCAGGACUCACUCCGCCCACCACGCCUCCGUACAAGCCCACAGAGGAGGACCCCUUCAAGCCAGGCAUCAAGCACAGCCCAGGCAAAGACAUAGCUCCCAGCCUCCCUAGCCCGGAGAGCCGCCAGCUCGGGGCCGCCGCAGAGGCUGCCCACAAGCUGCCAAAGAAGCACCCAGAGCGGAGCGAGCUGCUGUCCCGCCUGCGGCAUGCCACAGCCCAGCCAGCCUCCCAGGCCGGUCAGAAGCGCCCCUUCUCCUGCUCCUUUGGAGACCACGACUACUGCCAGGUGCUCAAGCCAGACGGCGCCCUGCAGAGGAAGGUGCUGAGGUCUUGGGAGCCGUCUGGGAUCCACCUUGAGGACUGGCCCCGGCAAGGGGGCCUGCGGGCUGAGGCACAGGCCGCUGGCAGAGAGGAAGGCAGGCGCUGUGACGUCGGUGUCCCCACUAAGGACAGUACGCUGCUGAGAGACCACGAGAUCCGCGCCAGCCUCACCAAGCACUUUGGACUCCUGGAGACGGCCUUGGAGGACGAAGACCUGGCCUCCUGCAAGAGCCCCGCAUAUGACACUGUCUUUGAGGACAGCAGCAGCAGCGGUGGAGAGAGCAGCUUCCCCCUGGAGGAGGAAGACGAGGAGGAGGAGGACGAUGAAGAAGAGGACUCAGGGGUCAGUCCCCCUCGCUCUGACCACUGCCCCUACCAGAGCCCCCCAAGCAAGGCCCGUCGGCAGCUCUGUUCUCGCAGCCGCUCCAGCUCUGGCUCCUCAUCCUGCUGCUCCCGGUCACCAGCCACACGAAGGACCUUCAGGUGUGAGAGCAGAGGGUCGUGUUCAGACGGAACGCCCAGCGUCCGGCACGCCAGGAAGCGGCGGGAAAAGGCCAUUGGCGAAGGCCGCGUGGUAUACGUUCGAAAUCUCUCCAGCGACAUGAGUUCCCGGGAACUGAAGAGGCGCUUCGAAGUGUUUGGUGAGAUUGUGGAGUGCCAGGUGCUCACGAGAAGUAAGAGAGGUGAGAAGUACGGCUUCAUCACCUACCGGUGUUCUGAGCACGCCGCCCUCUCUCUGAGGAAUGGUGCCGCCCUGCGGAAGCGCAGCGAGCCCUCCUUGCAGCUGAGCUACGGGGGGCUCCAGCACUUCUGCUGGCCCCGCUACACCGACUACGAUUCUAAUUCAGAAGAGGCCCUGCCUGCAUCAGUGAAAACCAAGUACGAAGCCAUGGAUUUUGACAGCUUACUGAAGGAGGCCCAGCAGAGCCUGCACUGAUAACAGCCUUAACCUUCGAGGAAUACCUCAAUACCUCAGACAAGGCCCUUCCAAUAUGUUUACGUUUUCAAAGAAAAUAAGUAUAUGAGAAGGAGAGAAAGCGAGCGCGUGAGAGAGAGAGAGAGAGAGAAUGAGAGAGAGAGAGAGACUCGGAACUGCGGUCCUUUUAAAAAAAAAUCAAUGUUUACAUUGAACAAAGCUGCUUCUGUCUGUGAGUUUCCAUGGUGUUGAUGUUCCACUGCCACGUUAGCGUCCUCGCUUCCGCCGGGGUGUCCUGGGUGCACUCCAGACGCUGGGUCCGUCACCCACCUCCCCUUCCUCCCCAACCGACGUCCCCUCGUAGACGUGCCGCUGUGUUCACCGUACCAUUUCUUGUCUCUAGUGUGUGAUGAUGAAGUUGUUACUCGUGAAUAGAAUCAGGAUUAUAAACUCAUUUGUAAUUGAAGAAAAAAAAGUAUAUCCUUAAAACAAUGUAUUUAUGGCUCAGAGGUACUGUACCUGGGGUUACUGUAUUGCUUCCUUGAUUUUUUAACUAUGCACUGUCGUGAGGUGUUUGCCACUGAGCUGCACUGCUCCCUUUGCCAGAACACCCCAAAGGUGCUGGGUGGCCAGGAGCCUGGUUGCCGGGGAGGUGUGGCAUACAGCCACACACAGGAGCGGUGGAGAGAGGCUUCUGGGCCUCUUCUGCCGAGCGCUGCCUUGUCUCUCCUUGAGCAAGUAUGGGUCCAUGUACAGUCAGAGCCCUCACCUGGUGCCCAGCUCACGCUUAAGAGUUUGUGCCUGGCCGUGAGCACUCAGAUCCUCACGGACCUUGGAAGGAAGGUGGGGUGAGCUGCGUUAUUCCCAUUUUCCAGGUGAGGCAGGCAGUACCCCAAGAGGUGAAAUGACUUGCCCAGGGUCCCACGAACCAGUGAGACUACAGAACAGCGGCCCAGCCCAGGCCUGUCCUGGGGUAAAGAGGCAAAGUUCCAAGGACUGGUAGAGGUGGGUUCAGCUAAAAAGGACUACAGGCUAGACACUUCCAGGCUCAUAUGGGGAGGUGGGUGGUAAGUCAGUGGCUGCCUUAUCAGCAUUGGGCAAGCUCAGGCUCUGGCGCCAGUCUUGAUCCAAGGGGUCCCGUGGUUUGCUUAUAACUGUGGACACGCCAUCAGAGCUUCAGGGACACGCCAUCAGAGCUUCAGUGGCACACCUGGAGUGACACAGAGAAGUGAUCUGGGAAGCCACCAGCCCAUCCUCCUUCAGCUUGACUUCCCUUUUCCUCAUCUGUAAAAUUGUUUUGGUGGCAUGGGGCAGGGGGAGCAAGAGGGAGACAUGGGGGAUGGGAACAGAUAAGACAAUCUCCAAGCUCCUUUCUGACUUAGAAAACAUUCUCGUUGGGGUUUACUUUAAAAUUUGUGUUCUUGGGUGAUGUCAAAGCCAUGCCCAGCUUGAAUGUUCUGCGGGUGUCUUAGGGGCCAUCUGUGAGGGAGAGCAUAGCCGGGCAGGAUAAGAGCACAUUGCUUCUGCUUCAGACAGAGCAGCUCCAACUUGGUCUCUUUCACACAUCAGGGUCCCUUGGGAAAUUCUUGUAUUUAAAAGAAAAGAAAAGAAAAGAAAAGAAAAGAAAAAAGGUCCUGCUGCUUAAAAAAAGUCUGAACUUGACUCGUUUAACUAAACAAGGUGAUUUAAUUUACUAUUAAUGCCAGGCCUAGUUCUUUGGUAAUGGGUAGUUAUGGGGUUGGGGUUGGUUGGUUGGUUGGUUGGUUUUUAAGAUUCUUAAUUACCUCAGUAGGUUAACUGGGCUGAUGAACCUCUCCUGAGAGGUGAGCAUACUCCAAGCCCGCAGGGAAGGUUGGAGGAGACAGGCAUUAAAUGGAACAGGGAGUCUGAGUUCCUAUAUAUCAAGUCACUUCACCUCUCUGGGCCCCAACUUUUUUUUUCUGUGAAAUGGGCUGAGGGGGAGAAUUAGGCAAGCUGAUCUCUAAGGUCCCUGACAGCUCUGAUAGUUGUAGCUUCUCCUAAGGUGGUAUCUAGCAAAUACGUAGCACAUAGGCCACUACUCCCUUGUUCUUGGCCAGUAGCAGACAUAACUAAUCAACCACAGCACUCAUGUUCUUUGAGCUUUGUCACGCUAUUAGAAUCCUCAACACAGUGCUCUGAGCAGCUAUUACUAGUUGAUCAGAGUUUAACCUAUUUGACAUCGUGGUCUAAUCUUUGAACGGUGUCUGUUAUACAGAACUAACUGGUGGCUGGGUUUCAUGCUGGCCCAUCCCUGUCAUGUCCUGAUCUAUGAGAGAAAAUUCCCCUAAAGCCAUUCCUUGGCACAGGGCUCCCAAUACUACUCGGACACAGUCCCACUUGGGGGUGGGGGCCAAGGGGAAUAGUAGACAGGAACGUGUUUGGGGAAGGCAGGAUUUAUGAGGAUGGACCAAAAAGGGGACUUUGCAAAGCACGGACCUGAACAUUCUAAAUUCCUUUUAUAGCUGUUCACUGCCUAGCAUACAGUAGGCACACAAUAAAUGGUUAUGGAAUAGAAUGGAAUGGAAUAGAAUUUUAAGCUACCUGAUACCUCCCCUAAAUCCUGAUUCGCACCAAGAAGUAAACUGAGAUUUCAUCCCGUGGAAACCGAUAGAAAAGAACUCUAUGUCCAGAGCCUGGAGGGCUGGGUUCAGUCCUGGCUCUGCCCAGAACUAACUUUGUGACUUUGAUAAGUCACUGAGUCCCUUCCUCUCCCUGAGCCUUGGUGUGCUAGGAGUUGGACUAGAUGAUCUCUAAGGCCCUCCUAUUUGCUUCUUCCUUGAUUGCACUAGGCCAAAGGUUCUACCAUGGGCAGAUGGUACCUUACGGUAAAGAAAUGCAGAUUUUUAGUGAAAGGCAAGUCUCUCCCCUCUUCUGGGUCAGCAGAAGCUGUCCUUUCACUUCAGAUUACUACAAGACACUUGAAGGUAGUUAGACAUUGGCCCUUGAGCAGAGCAGAGAUCUGAGUGUAGUACUGGGAUGUGAUAUGCCUAAGGUCGGGGCUGGGGCCUGCUGAUGGGAGAGGGUGCCUGCCAAGGGCAUCAAGCAUUUCUUCUCACCAUCCCAUACAUAAAAUACUACAAGUUCUAAAAUUGACCAACCCUGCAGACAACCUCCAUCCGAAAGACUCAUUCGGUGCUGUGUAUUAUUUACCAAGGAGACUGGAAGUUCUCUCCAGGAAAACUAGUCAACCUCGGUCUCUUUCCCACCAAAUUAAGGAAGUAACCCAGAGGGAGCAGCUGCUGUUGGCAACCAUCUCACUGUAGCUCUGUCCUAGUAUUUGCUCUCGAUCAUGUUUACAUGUGAUUGCCAUAAAAGCUUACAGUAGACUGUGUUGGUAGCCGCCCACACAAGGCAGGUUGUACUGUCCAUCUCUGUGCCGUGCUGGUGUUUUCCAAAUAUGUCUGAUCUAAACACUAAGUGGAAUUCUUCCAUCUCCUUCCUCAGUCGGUACAAGGCUGAAUCAGAAUCCUCACUCUCGGGGGCUCUGGUUACCGAAGGAAAAUGCAUCAAAGAGGUAAAGAAUAUGAGUGGAUGGAGUGCAGCUAAGGCCCCAAUCCCCCUUCCCCCAUCACGCUUUGUCCCCCAGCCAGAACACUUUUUUGAGACACAAAACACCCAUCUGGUGUCUGCAUCUGCUGUGAGUUCUCACAGCCUUGCCUGUCGAAUGUGCUCAGGAGAGAGGCAGGGCUUUGGGGUCUCCAAGGUGGGAGAAGGAAAGGAUGAAGGCUCUGAGCUGCAAAGACUCAGUACCCAGGUCCUGAAGUGGGAAGAGACGCAAUAAGAAGGAAUCUUUCUUGCCUAAAGCCUGUGCUUGUUGAUGUUCAGAGAGUGAUUUCUUCUAGGCAUAUGCAAUAUGCAUGCUGAGGGGGCAGGGAAGGUAUGACAGUGCAGUCCUCCUGCAUGGACAGCUUGGAACCCGAUCCCAGGCCUCGGGUUCAGUUGAAAUGACAGCUGAGCCUGCAGCUUGAGAGAUGGGACAUCCCAACUGUGAAGCAGAAUCAACCCCAAAAGAUUUGUUGAUCUGACUCAUGUCAAAAUUGCAGUAUUUUCUUACCUUUUGAGAUUUAGCAGUUGUCCUCAGAUACAAACCAAGGAAAGAAAUUGAAUGUACAGUAGCAAAUAAAGUGAACCUAAUGGUUUCAAUGGCCAAAGAAGAGGGAUCCUUCCCAUUGGGGCAGAAGGAAACCUGUUAGUGCUUAUGUGCAAUAUGUUUAAGCUGGUCCCCAAGUCCCUGAGAUGUUUGCACACAUAGAUGGGCUCCAGAGCUGUCUGCUGAGUCCAGGAGUACAGGGUAAAUGGAGGGAGAGCUUGGGAGCUGGGAAACCCUCAUGCAUAGAGAUGCCCGUGGUCCAAAACAGACAUGGGGUGGAGGGCCAAUGGGAGCCAGCUGUAGAACAUCCAGGAAGUAGGCAGAGGCUGACUUUGCAUUGAACCAAUAAAAGCACUUUGAGAAAACCACAGCACUCAGCCUGGCUCCAUGUUUCUACACUGGCAAAUAUGGAUCUCCGUGGGCUGUGUGAGGUAUCCUCCUAGGGACUGGGACAGAGAUCAGAAAAGGGCUGGUGAGGGAGGAGACAGUAGAGAUACCCCCCUAGACAUCAGUCGCAGAAGAGCCCAUCCUAAGGCCAGCCCUAAAAAUGCAGUGGUGCUUUUCCAUCUUGGUACCUAUUUUUGUUAAAAAAAAAAAAAAGGAAAAAAGGAAAGAAAAAAGAAAGAAAACAAAACUGAAAACAGCACAGCUGAUUGAAAUGGGUUUGCAGAGUAAGUCAUUUAUCUAUAAGCCAUCUCAAAGUGAGAAACCCAAAGUUUCUUACUUACUAUGUGAUCUUGGGCCUCUGUUUCCUCAUUUACAAAUGGGAAUAUUGGAUGGAAUUGGCACUAAGGUCCCUUUUGCCUCUGAUAGGCUCAGAUUCCCAUCCUGGAGCAUGUGGAAUCCAUCGCUAACCCAUGAAACCGAUUCCAUUCUCUGCCUGUGCCCAGCUCUUGUCCUGGGGGGAGAGUUCUCUGCAAGGUAACCAACCGGCAGUGGAUUCAAGCCCACGUGGUCCUGGCCGAGUUACCGUAUACGAGGAGGCCAGCUCCCCAGGACAUAUCUAAGCCAUAGUUUCUGGUGGGGGUGGUGAGAAGUUAAACCCGAGCUUGGCUAGGUGGCAAUGUCCAAUCUCACAUUAGCCUCUUCAAUCAUCCCCACCGAACAGCUUUCAAUCUGAAUGUUGUGACCACUUGGCUGUUUCUCUCUUGCUCUCAGACAAUACUAGCAAUACACUUGUUUUUUCAAAACAGCUUAACUUAGGCACUUUUCACACAUUUCUUUCAAAUGAUUGUAAAACAUAUGGGGCGACAGGAGGCACGGAUCACACUGCGUAUGUUUAGGGCAGCUUUUGUUUUUUUGUUUCUUUAAUGGUAUAGCAGCGGUGACUGAGGCUUCAAGACUCGGGGACAGAUUUUCGGAUACUCCGUUUCAUCAGAAUGCCUUGCACAUUCAGAAGCAGCACAGAAAUCCAACUGACCAAACCAGGGGCUCGGAAAAUAGGGUUUUGUAGGUGGUCAGUCCCUGGGCUGUGCAACAACGCCUCAAAAGGGCGUUGCUAGAACCCCCUCUGUGCUGUACGUUUUGUCAGGAUCCUCCAAGCCUCCUUUUUCACUUUGCCAGCCUUGCUCCUGGGUGACUUUUGAAGGCAUUGGUCAGCUUCCACCUCAGCACUCUGCCUUAUCAAUGUCUGGUCGCCAUCUAGUGGCCAAAGACUAUAUCCACCAGCUAGCCAGAUGGAAGGCAAAUAAAUCCUUUUGGCCACCUUGCUGUCCAGCACCAACUUUGGGAAUGGAGUGCAAGGACAUGAGCGAACUGUCUGUGUGUUGAGAGCGCAGUGUAACACCAGUCGGAAGCCCCAGAAGCAACCAUGCAGACUGAGAAGUAAUACACUAGCUAUCCGGUGGGCAGUGGAGACAGAAGUGGACCCUGUGCCCAGGUGCCCAGGAGGGGUUUACUAUAACUGCAAUACAGGCAGCCCAGCUGCUGACCUUGUUAAGUGAACCUCUGCUCUGUGGCCCCCACUGGACCCUCAGGACAAGCAGAGAGGUUGAGUGAGAGGAUUCUGUGGGGGGCCUAGCCAUGGCCUUUGAUAUGAUCCACUGAAUAGCCAAACAGAUUUUGUUUGUUUGUUUUUUGUAUUUUGUAUUUAAAAAUCUUGUCAAAUGUUUUUGUGUUAGGAAUAAAAAGUCAUAAACUACUCCCAACUUUGUUUCUUGAAGAAUGUUCUGAUUCCAAUGGAAAGAGGUUGGAAAUCUCAAGGGGUGUGCACUCAGGGUGGUCAGUGGACCAGGGAAGUAGACCACUUGGAUUUCCAAAAGGUUUCUGGGGAAGAUAACCAUCCAGGAGUCUGGCUCGGUGCAGUCUGCUCCGGAAAUUCACAGCCACCCCCUUCACCUCCUUGUGCCAUGGUAUUAGCAUUGGCUUGGAGCAUUUGCUUCUUCCAGAGGCAGCUGCUAAUGUUGAAACCAACACAAGAUUCCUCUCCCAACCCCAAGUUUCUAAAGAAACAGUGUCUGUAGCUAGCCUUAAUUGACUGGGCAAGGUGGUCCCUAUGGUCCCUUCCAGCAUUUCCAAGUCUUGGACUCAAAUUCUUUUCUCUUGGUGUGACCAUGCAGCCUAGAGAAUUCUGAGCAAUAGGAAGCCAGGGCUUUCCCUGGCUCUGUGACAGGGUCAAACCAGGGAAUGGCUAACCUUGUGAGGUUUGGGCAUCCCCAGGGGUACUACCGUAGGGGGCAUUAUUUAUUAGGAAGCUCAACAAGGUAACUACAGCCUGGGGUGUGUGAGCGCAAGGCUGUGUGUGUGUGUGUGUGUGUGUGUGUGUGUCUGCACAUGUGCACACCUGUGUGUGUGUGUGUGUGUCUGCACGUGUGCACGCCUGUGUGUGUGUGUGUGUGGAAUUACAUUGAUGCAUUUCUUGAGAAAGGUGCAAGAAUUUCACCUACACAGAGGGACACAUCUGCUUUGUUAUUUAUAAUAGAAAGCUAAAUUUUAAUUUUUUAAAGGACACUGCUAAUGAUUGAGAAUCAAGUUUUUAGUUUUGCUAUUUUUUUUAAUUGGUAGAGGAUUUUUUAUAUAUUUUUUCCAUUUUGUUGGGUUGUGUCCUUAUUUAUAUAAAUACUUUAUCCGUGAGCGGCAAGGAAGAAGACUUCUUUGCUUUUAAUUAUUGUGGUUGUCAUUGUUCCCAUUUUAUUUCUGGUGUGAUUUAUCUGUCUUACCUUCUAAAUGAGAAAAUGUUUUCCUGUAUUUGUACAUUGUCAGAUUCUAUAGUUUCAUAGAUAAUUUAACCAAAUUGCUCUAUGUAUUAUUAUUCCGUGAGUAUAAAGUUCUAUUUUAACGUCUGUAAAUAGUUCAGAACUGGCUUCUUUUCUCAAACUCCCACUGUGGAGUUCUUGUUUACAUCACAAAAACUGUAGAAUCUCUAUGCUCAUGUACUGUAAAUAGUGAAGUGAUCUGCUUAUAAAUAAACUUAACAAAUACACUAUGGAGAUUAAAAAGAAAA